UGCAAAAUGUAUCUUUAGAAAGGAAACCGUGUGAGAAGAAGAUUGAAGAUGGUUUGAAAAACAAGAAUAGCAUGGCAGAAAUCAGGACAUUUCAUGAAGAAAAUCCAAACUUGGGAGUAAGAGAAGCGUGGACAGAAUCACUCGAGGAAGUUAAAAGAACUAUCCAGAACAGAUUUAUCAGACUGAAGCUCAAAGAUGAGCCGAUCCAGGUCUUGGAUCCUCUUAGUGACCAAGAUAUUGAGGUACUGAAACGACACCUAAGAGAACUGCUCCCAGACAUGGACUUGACCAAAUUACAGAAGACACAUACGGAAAAAGUUAAGUCAUACCAAGCUUGGUUGGACAGACACUGUAAAUGUACACAGUACGUUUUUCAAAUCAAGAAUUGUGAGGAUGUAUCUUGUUACAUUCCCCCUAAAAGUCCUUUACCCUCAUGGCUGCCAGACCCCCAGUUGGAUGCUACAGGUGAUCAUAACCUUCCUUACUCAGAGGUUAGAGGGCAGGAAACUUUUGAAGGAGAAAAAAAAGAAACUAGUCCCUCUUGA